CUAAAAUUGAUGCAAACGGCGGUCGUAAGGCGGCCGUUCAAGGUCAGAGCUCUUGCUUGCUAGUGUCUUACCGACCGCUAGCCUCAGGUCUGGUCGCAAAGUUGAAUGCUCAGCGUCUAGGCAAGCCUGGCAGCGCACAGCUCGGCAGCGCACGCUGGACUUCGCUCCUGAAGCGUGCACUGCGUUCUCCGACGUCUCAUCACGCCUGUCGCCAGCACAAGAGCUGUUUGCAGUAAGUGCGUGUACGGCCGUGGCGCGCGCAUAGGUGCAGCACUGAUGAGGAGGAGGAUGACGCUCGUCGCCCUGGCGAGCGGCCGCGCGGUGCGGGCGCUCCGGCCGCUGGCGCGCGCGCGGCAGCCGCUCCGGGCCGCGACCGCGCUGCGGAGCACGGCGACGCGGCCGGCCUUCCUCGACGCCAAGGAGCCGCUGCCGGCGUCCUACGACUUCGGCGUCGAGGGCCCGUUAUAUGAAUGGUGGGAGGCCAGCGGCAAGUUUAAACCUAAGGAGGAGGAGCACGAGCGCGGCGCGUACACGUGCCCCAUGCCGCCUCCCAAUGUCACCGGAAGGUUACAUUUAGGACAUGCGAUGUUCGUGGCGUUGCAGGAUAUUCUGGCGCGGUUCCACCGGAUGCGGGGGCGGCCGACGCUGUGGUUGCCGGGUACCGACCACGCCGGAAUAGCCACCCAAUUACUUGUGGAGAGGGCCAUCACGGCGGAAGGACUGAACAGAGUGGAGAUGGGCCGCGAGAAGUUCCUGGAUCGAGUCUGGCAGUGGAAGGAGGACAACGGUGGGGCCAUCUGCUCGCAGAUGCGUAGAUUAGGAGCGUCGGCCGAUUGGUCUAGGGAGAAGUUCACGUUGGACGACGACAUGUCGACGGCCGUCACGGAGGCCUUCGUGCGGCUCCACGAGAAAGGUUUAGUUUAUCGAGGUUCCCGCAUGGUCAACUGGAGUCCCAAUCUCGGCACCGCCGUCUCUGAUCUCGAAGUAGAAUUCGUGGAGAGAGAAGGAUUGUUAUAUUACUUCAAGUACGAGGUCGAAGGCGGCGGCUACCUGCCCGUCGCGACGUCGCGACCAGAAACCAUACUAGGAGAUACCGCGGUCUGUGUCAACCCCGACGACGAUAGAUACAAAGACUAUGUGGGCAAGCAAUGUAUCGUGCCCAUGAGUGGUGGGAGGACGAUCCCCAUCUUGGCGGACGACUACGUCGACGUCGAGUUCGGUACGGGAGCUCUCAAAGUGACGCCCGGCCACGACGCGAACGAUUAUGCUAUUGGUCAAAGAAAUAACCUGCCCAUCAUCAACAUCAUGGACGAGAAGGGGGCGUUGAACGAGAACGGCGGUGAUUAUGCCGGGAUGGAUCGGUUUAAGUGUAGGAAGCAGUUGUGGAAGGACAUGGAGGCCGCGGGAUUGGUCCUGAAGACCGAACCGCACGUCUCGCGCGUCCCGAUCUCUCAACGGGGCGGGGAAGUCGUCGAGCCGCUCGUCUCCACCCAAUGGUUCGUGAAGAUGGACAAUAUGGCUUCGAGAGGUGUCGACGCCGUGCGACAGGGAGACAUUCAGAUCGUCCCGAAACGCUUCGAGAAGGAGUGGUACAAUUGGCUCGAGAACAUCCAGGACUGGUGCGUGUCGCGCCAGUUGUGGUGGGGCCACCAGAUACCCGUGUAUUACGCGGAGGGGUAUGACGGGUACUUUUGUGCGAGAUCGGAGGAAGAUGCGAGGAAGCAAGCGACCGAGGCCGGCGUAGCUACGACGACACCAUUAACGAGAGACUCUGAUGUAUUAGAUACCUGGUUCUCGUCCGGUUUGUGGCCCUUUGCCACUGUAGGGUGGCCCGAGAACACGCCUGACUUCAAGAAGUUCUACCCCGCGACCUGCCUGGAGACGGGCUACGACAUCCUCUUCUUCUGGGUCGCGCGCAUGGUCAUGAUGGGUCUGGAGUUUACGGAUGAGGUACCGUUCGAUACGAUAUACAUGCAUGGGUUAGUGAGGGACGAGAAGAACGAAAAGAUGUCAAAGACGAAGGGCAACGUCGUGGACCCGCUCGACGUCGUGGAUGAAUACGGUGCUGAUGCGUUGCGGUUCUCGCUGGUGACCGGAGUCACGCCGGGCCAAGACGUCCCGCUGUCGAUGGAACGAGUGAAAGUGAACCGGAACUUCUGUAAUAAAUUAUGGAACGCCGCGCGCUUCCUGGAGCCCAAAAUGGUCACUUCGGGUGGUGUCAUCGACCAGCAAGAAUUAUCUGAGAUGCCUCUGUUCGAACGGUAUAUCGUGUCCGAGGCACACGCUUGUGCCGAGGCCUCGGCAUCAGCCUUGGAAGACUACUCGAUAGGCGACGCGGGCACGCGGGCCUACCGCUUCUUCUACGACGAGUUCGCCGACUGGUACGUCGAGGUCAGCAAGACGCGAAGUGCGGAAGAUCAAGAGGCGUCGCAGCGGGCCUUGUCGUAUUCCUUCGAGGUGUGUCUCAAAUUACUACAUCCCUUCGUGCCGCACGUGACUGAGUACUUGUGGCAGAAGCUCUUUAAUUCUGAUGGUGCUGAUAAGGCGCUCAUGACCGAAUCUUAUCCAUCAUUGGAAGGUCAAAGCUUAGCGCAGGACGCGGAAGCCGUGGCCUUGUUCAACGACUGGAAGGAACUUGUUAGGGCUAUGAGGAACAUCAGGGCCGAGUACAACAUCGAACCCGCGAUAAAAACGGGGCCGACGAUAAUAUGUAGUGACGACGCGUUGGCAGAUGUUAUAAGGAGGGAGACGAAGGCUCUGGCGUUGUUAGCGAAAGUAGAUCCGGAGCGAGUGACGGUGGUCAAGAGCAAGAGUGACGCUGUUAUAGAGGACGACGCCGUGCAAUUAGUCGUGUCCGAUGGUUUGGAAGUCUUCCUGCCCCAACAAGACCUAGCUAAAGAUGUCAAGAAGGAGUUGGAUAGACUAUCCACGCAACUAAAAAAGCUCGUCAAGGACAUCGGCGGCCUGGAGGGGCGCCUCGGCAACCCGGGUUUUGCGGAUAAGGCGCCCGCGGACGUCGUCGCGGCGACGCGCGCGUCCCUCGAAGAGAAGCUCGAGCAGAAGGCGACGCUCGACGCGUCGAUCGCGGAGCUGGAGAAGCAGUAAGUUCACAUUAUUACACGACUAGAGGCUCGCGAUGAUCGCCUUGAGCUUGUUUUUCGCGACGGCGAUCUGGUCCUUGGGCUCUUUAGUCUUGACCUGCGUGGGAACGGAGGAGUCGCGCGUCGAUGGCGUGGAGCCUGACGCCAUCGACGACACUGCAGCGCACCUUUCCGUUCCCAGGCUGGAAGUAGAUGAAGUUGUUGUCGUAGACGUACCUGCCGGGAACCGCGCGUCGUCGCGGCGACGGAGUCGAAGCGUCGAAGGCAGUGUGUCGCGGCGAUGGCGUCGCGGCGGCGUUUUUUGCCAGACGCGGCCUCGCACUGGUCCGUCAACUGGAGCGCCGACGACAGGUCCUCGGAGAGCUCAAUUAAUUCCGGGUCGCCGGCGCUGAGCGCCGCGGCGCGGAUCCAGUUCUUGGAGUUGCCCGUUUUCCAGAGCUCGACUACUGGCGAUUGCGCGAGCACCGUGCGCACGGCGUCCCACUUGCCGUCGUCGACGAAGCCGCUCAGCGGCUGGAGCGCCUCGAGGACCUUCUCGGCGUCGGUCUUGGUCGAGGCGAGCGCCGGCGUCGGCACGAGCACAGGCACGACCGCGGCGAGCGACCCGCGCUGCAGCGUCUGCCGGCGCGAGAGCGCCAUCGAUGCCGUUUCGCGCAUCACUGCUGCUGCAAGGAUGGCAAGUCUAGCCAUCACUGCAGUCUGGAUGCAAAACUGCAACGAUCAAGGUUGCACGAUGCAGCAAGAUAAUAAACGCGACAGCUGCGCUCCGGGUGCUGGUUGUAAAGCCUGUUUUGCUCUCUGACCAAGGGCUUGAGCUCACUAGUGUGUUACACGCCGCUAGCCGGAUCGCGUUGGACCGGCGGUUCACGUGGCCCGUCGUCGUCGUGGGAGCCCCUGUAGUUUUUUUACAAAAUAAACACUUCUAUGUACACGUGCGGGAGCCCAGAUCUCAGGCGCCGUGAAGGACCGCCUCCCCCGCGAACUCGGCGCGGAAGAGCAGUCGCUGGUAUUUGUCCGCAUCGAAUGGCGACGCCGCAUGGAGUAGCUGGCGAUUGUCCCAUAGCACUAGGUCGCCCUUCUUCCAAGCGUGCGCGUAGACGCCCGUCUCGAUGACGCGCUCCGCGAGGCGGCGGACCAUCGCGUCGCCCUCUUCGACCGUCCUGCCGGACCUGGCGGGCCACCCACUGCGCGGCAGUCUGCACACGCGCCGCGUGUUCUUCGGGUUCAGGUAGAGAGAUAGGCGACCCGUGUCGGGGUGGCGUCGCACGAGCGGCCAGCAGACGUCCGGUUUUUUCGCCGCGUCGGCGGGCGUGAUUUUCUGGCGCUUGGGAUCCCGGCGCUCGAGGAGGUGCAUGAAGCUCUCCCAGGAAUGGACCGACGCGAGCGCUCCGAGCUCGGCGCGUUCGCUCUCCUCCAAGGCGUCGUAGCCGCGCGCGCACGACGCGAAGCGCGUCGCCGCGCCGACGGGCGGCAGCGCGUCGUCGAGCCAGGCCGGCGCGUACCUGCGGGGCGUCGUGACGAUUUGCCGCGGACGAGGUGCGACGCCGGAGUCGGCACAGCGCGAUGGCGCUCUUCGGAGCGGCGAGGAAUGAGCCGUCCGUGUGCCACUCCUCGACGACGUUGAACGCGGGCUUGAAUUCGCCGAUCUGUUCGCCCUUCCGGCAGCCCUCGACUAUUUCUCCGUCGCGCCUCGCGCGGUAAUUUCCCAGGAGCGCCAGGUGCUGACAGCCUCGGACGCCUCGCGACUGGCCCGGCCAGCGGUCGUAGCGGAUCAGGGCUCCGAAGUGCUUCGCGAAGCGUCCCAGCCCGCGCUCGAGCGCUUCCGGUGUCAGAUCCUGGUCGCGCAGACAUACCACGCCGCAUCCAUUAUCACUCUCCAUGGCGUCGUAGAUGCGCCGGACGUCGUCGCCGGUCGCGUCGUCCAGGUCGCAGCCGAUGACCUCGACGCCAAAGGGCCGCAUGCUGCGAAUCUCCAUGUUCGAAAGCGUCGACGCAGGGAGGGAGGCGUGCUCGGGCAGCCCUCAGCUUGUGGGCAGCAGCUUGUGGGCAGCCUCAGCUUGUGGGCUGUCUGGAAUGCCGGACAGAUGCGCGCGCGUCGUCGCUGCAGGAUCACGCGCGGCGAUUAGCCGUGGGUUAGAGGCCCGGCAACGAUGAAUGUACCACGGUGCUUUGGCAUCACGAAUUGUGAGAGGCUCUGCUGUGGUCCUCUGAGAUUACACCGAGCACCGAGCGCAGGAACGGAACCGGGCGGUGACACGAGUCCUCAGGAUCGGUGCGCCCAGCAAGCACUUUAUGGCCUUCCAUGGCGUCGUAGAUGCGCGGACGUCGUCGCCGUUCGCGUCGUCCAGGUCGCAGCCGAUGACCUCGACGCCAAAGGGCCGCAUGCUGCGAAUCUCCAUGUUCGAAAGCGUCGACGGUCGGUAAGACUUGUGGGCUGUCUGGAAUGCCGGACAGAUGCGCGCGCGUCGUCGCUGCAGGAUCACGCGCGGCGAUUAGCCGUGGGUUAGAGGCCCGGCAACGAUGAAUGUACCACGGUGCUUUGGCAUCAAGGCUCUGCUGUGGUCCUCUGAGCGAGCUGAACCAGCGCCCAGCAAGCAGCGUUUCUCAGACCUAGCGGUCGGUAAGACACUAGCAAGCACCAAGCAAAGUGCAAAGCGCUGCAGAGCUGUCUGUCUCGCGCUUAAGCCAACCACACGCGUCUAGAACUCGAGUAGCAAGGCUGCGGUCUCGCGUAUCAGUGCAAAAGAUGAGAUCGCCGCAACUCGUCUUGCUCGCCGCGAGCGUCGCGCACUCCUGGGCCGUCCCACCGACGCUAACGAAGCGGAGCCCCACGCUGCGCAGCCGGCACCUCGCUGUUAAUGGAGGCACGGUCGUCGAGCGGCCGCCCUACGCGCUGUCUGGCUUGGAACGACCGACGCACCGAGGGGCCGUCAUGGGCUUUUUGCACAACACGGGCGCGUGGUACGCUCUGUCGGCGGCCUACGUCGCGGCGGCCUUGAAGCAGCUUCAACCAUCAUCGUUCUACCCGUCCUUCCUGAGGAUAGCUUUAGUGGCGGCGUCGUCCUACUCCAUUUAUAUAUCGGACUGUUAUCAUAAUGCCGACAAACGGAGGGAAGGCGUGUCCGAGGAAGGAGAGUUAGCUGUAUUAAGGAAGGACUACCUCGGCAUCUCCCUCAUCCUGUCGACGAAUACGUGGUUGUGGGCUCAUAAUUUAGGUGGUUCUCCCAUCCUAAAUAAGCUUUGUGUAGCAGCUACGGCGUGUACGGCGAACGUGGCCUUCCAGUCGUUCUGUGUGGUCAAUAAAUACAUCGGUCACGUAUUGAUAAAACUGACCUUCGCGACGCAGUUCGUGGCCAUCCUCGGGACCCUAUGUUUGAUCGCGGCGAAGUCACCGAUCUCCGCGUGCGCCUGGAUCUACGCGGCCUACGCGCCGGGCUUUGUGAUUUACGCGACCAAGUUCCCGAAGAACAAAAAGUGGGGCUACCACGAGUGGUUCCACGUUUCGGUGCUCAUGGGCAACCUCGUGUCGAUGGGCUUCGACCUCGGUAUUCUUGGUUUGUUCAAGCCCUGCGCGGAGGGCGUCGCCUGCGCGUCGCUGGCGUCGCGGCUGACCUUCGGGCUGCUGCCCUGACGCGGCGUGUCUCAACGCCAUCGCCGCGAGGACAGAUAUGUUUAAUUAAUUUUACUACUACUACUUCUUGACGACCCCGACCUGCGCCGCUCGAAUGGUCCGGCCCUUCAUCGUGAAGCCCGUCUUCACGACCUGGCCCACGGUCCCCGCCUCUUUGUCUUCGUCGGGGUACUCAAACAACGCUUCAUGCAGCCCGGGGUCGAAGGCGUCACCAACCGCGCCAAACUCCUCGACGCCCUGCGCGCCGAAGGCCUUGACUAAUUGGCCCCGCGUGAGUUCCACGCCCUCGAUCAAGGAUUCCAGCGACGCGUCGUCGCCCUUUGCUGCUUCUAAAGCAUAUCCCAGACUGUCGGAGACGUCCAACAGACUCUUCGCGAAGCCCUGCGACGCAAAGUCCUUCGCGGCCUGGACGUCCCGCCUCGCAAUCCUUCGCGUGUUCUCCUGCUCGGCGAUAGCGCGCAGCAGCUGGUCUUUUAGGUCCUUCUUCUCGUUCUCGAGCUUCUCGAGCGCGGCCGCGGCCUCGUCAACUGGUUCCGCCUCGUCGGCGUCCGGCGCCGGCGCCGCGGCUUCUUCCUCCUUAUCAGUAUCGUCCUUCGUGCUCAGCGCGCGCCAGCAUUGUCGCCUACUGCGUGGUGCCGCAAGGCAGGGUGACCGCACGCUGCGCUGCAAGGCGCGGCUCGCCGUGCGCGCGAGCAGCAAGGAGGCCAUCGAUGCGACGGCUGGCUUAAGCACGACGUAUAAUGACGCUCUUGCACGUCCUCAAGGGCAACUUUUUGUAUCGUCGAGCAAGAAUACCCGCACGACUUUUAGGCACUUUUCCACCCUCCCACCCGUGCCAGGCCUCGCCAGGCCUCGAAUCAGGCCUCGAUAAGCCCCCUCCGAGAGCCAAACUCCUUCCUCAUACUAGAAUACCUCUCCCAAACUUUUUGCGCGCUGCUAUCUCAGGCAGCCCCAAGCACCGCCGCGCCGCGCGACUACACGACAGCCCCCCGCACCACCGCCGCGCGCCCGCGCGCCCCUCAGCCAGCCACCACGGGGUUCUUCGGCAGCUCCAGGCCCAAGCCCAAGCCCAACAUGCUCUUCGAGGAGACCGAGGCCGAGCCCACGGGCCCGGACCUCCGGCCCGAUACCGAGUUCAUGUGGUACUGGGAGGAGGACGGCCAUCGGGUGAAGAACCAUCACACCUGGGACAAGCAGGGCAACUUCAUUGCCUAUCCGCCGAAGGUGUCGACGUACCUCGAGCAGCAGUGGACGACGGGCCAAAGUGCGGACAACCUCCAGAUCACUUACAAGCCCUUCCACUCGCACACGGGCUUCUCCUACAAGGUCUGCUUCCAGGACAUGAACCAGAUCAAUAAAGGGACCGGGUAUCGCAGAAAAAUUAUGCGGCGCCAGAACCCGAACUACGUCGCGCCCAUCGCGUCGGCGGAACCGGUCAUGGCCACAGCAGUACCUAUUGAAGAAGGCAUGGGCGGGCUAGCCGUCAGCAACUUUGGGGGCCUACCGCAGCCUCCGGAGGAUCUAUUUUCCUAUGCCUUGCAGUCCAUCUCCCUGAAGGACUUCGAGGCCAAGACCAAGGGCACGAACCUGGACCACUCGUCCAAGGCCAUGGGCGGCACGUUGUUGACGUGGGCCGCGGAGUUCCACCGGGUCGAUUUGUGCCAGUCGCUCUUGGAUAGAGGUGCCGAUGCGAAUUCUAGGGACUGGACGACGGACCAGUCCGCUUUAGGCUGGGCGACGUCGACGCCCGUGCACGGCGAGGAGAUGCCGCCCUGCGACCGCGCGGCCACGCUCGCGCUAUUGAAGGCGCGCGGGGCGCGCUAGACCACAUCCCUCCCCGUCAUCGAGAAGACAUCCCCGUUCCUUUUCCUAAUUUCUUUUUGAGUCACUCUCGACGCCGCCGCCGCGCCCCCAGAAGUCUAGUAGGAGCACCUCUUACGCCGGCGUCGCCUCAGCCAGCACCACGGCCGGGUCGUCGUCGGGGAUCACCGACGCCUGCAUGAGGUCGAAGCACAGCAGGAGCGUAUGGGGCGAGUCGCAGACCUCCAGCUUCCGAUCGCGACACAAGUCGGCGCACCGCGCGACGAACCAGUGUUCCAAUUCGAGCAGCGGCACGCGCAUCGUCGAGUCCCUGCCCGCCUUCCGGAAGGCGUCGUCGGCGUGCUGCAGGACGUCCUCGUCCUGCGGCAGCGACCCGCGCCGCGUCGCGAGGCAGCAGCCCGCGAGCACGGUCAACAGCGCGACGACGACCUCGUCAUACGACAGGGACCCGACCUGAUUAAAGUCGAAGAGCCGCAGCACGAAGUUCGCCUUGCCCUCCAAGGACCCCUGCGAGACGACCGCGAGGCCGCCGAGCACCUCGAGCGCGUUCACCUCUCCCCCAGAAUCGUACUCCGCGAACCUAGGCCAAAUCAUGUCGCCGACGACGUCCUUCUUCGCGUCGGGGAAGAUGGCCCGGACGAUUUCUUUUAUUUCUUUUCUGUGCAGCCCGAAGCCGUGGGCUCCAGCUUGAUGUCUCCGCCACAAGGCUUCCACAUGUUCCAAACUCCAGGUCGUCGGGUCGUUGUCUAUGACUUGAAUCGUGCGCUGGACGCCGGACUCGAGGUUGCCCAUGGUUAGUAGGUGCUCUUGGUGGGAUAGCUGGGCGUGUCGGUGGCGUGGAGGCAGCCCCAAAAGUUCUGCGCGCUUUGCGUGGGAUACGUACGGCAGCUUCUGGUUCUCUGGUCGUCGAGAGGCUGCUCAGACGACACACAGCGGCCAACUUUGGCGCUGGCCGCUUUCCCUAGUGUGUCAAUAGACGCUAGCUAGCUGCCAGUGCAAACCAGGCCCAGCGGCCAUUCCAAGGCACUACGCGUUGUGCGCGGUCGCGGUACUGUUUUGGACAGCGCCUCCAAAACCCUCGGAGCAGUCAUGCGUCUCGUCAGCACGCUAGCACUGCUGAGGGCAGCGCCAGCCAGUGCUCUGGCGCCCAUCGAGCGCCGCACCCUCCUCAAGGGCGCCGCCGCGGCAUCCACCAUCAGCGCAGCACCCGCGCUGGCCAAAGGCAGCGUGGGCGGCCCAAGCGUCAAGCUCUGCGACGGCACGCAGUUUCCCGUGGCCAGCUUCGGCCUCCAGGUCUACGACGACGAGGCGGCCUACAAGUACACGACGCUCGCAUUAGAGUGCGGCUACCGGAACUUCUUCGCCAGCGUGCUCGCGGGCAACCAGAAGGGCUUCGGGAAGGCUGUAAGGAAUUCGGGCAUUCCCCGGGACGAGUUAUAUAUAUGCGGCUCCGUGCUCUCGAAUCGAGCGCGGGGCGAGGAGGCCGCCUUCCAAUCGACCAAGCGAGGCUGCGACGCGAACUUUAGGGAUUUGAAUAUCGGAAAGCUCGACAUGAUCAUGCUCGACUACUCUGGAGCGGGACCGCCGACGCGGUCCGUUCGUGCUUUGGGAGGGUCGUCCGAGGUCGUUUCCUAGAAUGAUGGCGCUGGGUGGUUUCUUUUUGAUUUUUGAGCCGGUUCCGGCGGGGUCGGAGAUCCCGAGAGGGCCUCGGUGGGUUCGGGGCGAAGGGCGGUGCUGGGGCGGUCCGGAGCGGUGGCGGGACCGCUCUCGACGCCGUCGGCGCGGCGCCGGUGCCUUGGAUGCUCUGGAGGUCUUUAGGGGUGCACGGGCGCCGUCCGCGGCGCCGGCGGGGUCGCGAGGGCCCUUCGGGCAGCCUACGGUGAAGAACGGCGCCGGAACGGGCACGGCGGUGUGUGAUCGAGGGCCCUGUACGCCUGUCGACGCGGCGGCGCCCUGGAUGUGGUCUGGAGCCCUGGCGUGCCGCCGGCCGGUUCAUGACGUGGACUGUGGAGCGUAGCUUUGUCAGAAUCCGUUGACAACGAUCACUUUUAUAGGGAUCGGGCCGAGGUCGAAAUGUCCUCAAGCCCAACUCCGCUUAAACGAGCUAUCGAAGAGGUGUGCAAUGGUCGCGCGGCCGUCAAGCUGUCCCAGGCGAGGCGUAUACGUACGGCUCGUGGCGCGGCGUUUUCGACUGCCUGAGGCCCCGGCGGGACGUCGUCGAUGCCGUCGACGCGGACGAAGCCAUUGAUGGGUGCUCGGAGCCGUGCCUCUGGCGGCUACAGCUACACAUUACGUCUCGCGGCGAGGUCCUACGCCAGCGAAGGCGGCGGCCCGGACGACUAGUUUUUGCUAAUAAUUGCUGUGUGUCUCGACUGCGAACUCCUUAUGAGCGCUGGGGGAAAGAGGAAACGACACGCGGAGGAUGUCGGCCAUGCCCCAGGCCCGGCCUUCGCUGCUGGGCCCCCGCUCCACCCGGAAGGUGCAGCCGGUCCAGUCGUCGCGCGCCUCGUUCUUGUGGUUGUUCUCGUCCGUCGCCAUGGUCCUCUGCGCCGCGCUGGCGCCGUAGACGGCCGCCGCCCCAGAUCGUUCUGCGCUCUGCGAUUUUUUUGAUUCGCAAAGGGGCCUCGCGCCCCCCGGCCGGGUCCGCGGCGCGGGCGCGGCCCGGGAGGGCUCGGGGGCCUUGGGGGAGGUACUACUACGGAAUUACUAGUCGCUGGAGGCGUCGGGGACUGUUGCCGCGCGGGCCGGCACCCCGUUUAGAUGUUGCCAUGCUGGAUGAUGGACGACCAAUAGUUCAUUAAUUUACAGAACUAAGUUCUCGCCGUCCAGGAACGCGAGGUCCUUCGCCGACAGCUCGAAGUCGAAGACGUCGAUGUCCUCCUGAAAAUGCUGGCGGGACGUCGUCUGGCACGUGUACGUCGCGCCCUUGGCCAGGAUCCACUUCAGGGCGAUUUGUUGGGGCGUCUUGCCGUACUGCUUCCCCACCGCGGCGCACGCGCUCAAGGCGCCCGAGUUCAGCACUCUGAGAGGAGACCAGGCCUGCACCAAUACGUUGCGCUUCUUGUUCUCCCGGAGUAACUCCGCGUUCUGUUUCGUCUUGUAGCCGACGCCCAGCGGUAAUUGAUUGACCGUCGGCCGGCCACCACCACUCUUCAGCACGACAUCCAGCUGCGCGGGCGAGAAAUUCGACACCGCGAGGGACGUGACGCCGCCGUCCUUCCGCAUCGCUUCCAAGCCGCGCCAUUGGCCCUGGAUGGACUCGGCGUCCGGCCCUGGGUAAUCCAACAUAAUCAUAUCCAACUUGCCGACGUUCAGAUCCCUAAAGUUCGCGUCGCAGCCUCGCCCCGUCGACUGGAAGGCGGCUUCCUCGCCCCUAGCUCUGUUCGAUAGUACGGAGCCGCAUAUAUAUAACUCGUCCCGGGGAAUGCCCGAGGCUCGCACGGCCUUCCCGAAGCCCUUCUGGUUGCCGGCUAGAACGCUGGCGAAGAAGUUCCGGUAGCCGCACUCCAGCGCUAGUGUGGUGUACUUGUAGGCCGCCUCGUCGUCGUAGACCUGGAGGCCGAAGGACACGACAGGGAACUGCGUGCCGUCGCAGAGCUUGACGCUUGGGCCGCCCGCGCUGCCUUUGGCCAGCGCGGGUGCGGCACUGAUGGUGGACGCGGCGGCGGCGCCCUUGAGGAGGGUGCGGCGCUCGACGGGUGCCAGCGCGGUGGCUGGCAGCGCUGCACUGAGCAGUGCUAGCGUGCUGAGGAGACGCAUGACUGCUCCGAGGGGUUGUAGGCGCCGGCCAGAGAUGCGCCGCGCCGCGACCGCGUCACGAAGCCUGGCUGCCUUGAAUGGCCGCUUGCCUUUGCUUCUCGUGCUAUUUUUGUAAGCAAGAUAGUGGCAAAAAUACAGCGUUUCAGUCGUUUUGUUUGCGAUGAGCUACUACUGGUGCUGGUGCUGCCAGAGCACGCGCAGCAGUCGUUGCUGCGGCGAGCGAGGCUACGAGGGAGCUUGCAAACGAACGCCUUGAACGCUUGAACGUCCUCCCGGUCAAGAGUCCGACGAACGUCGCAGACCAGGCCUCCCUGGCUGGGAGAGCAUCAGCAGCCUCACAGCCCUCGAGCUCAACCGAGCCGCAUUGAUCACCAAAGGGCGCAGCGGUGCCUCAGGAUCACGCAUCGAUGCCAGCCGGCGACCAUUGGCCUCUCGUUUGAUCAGUGCCGCGCCGCACACACACUGCAUUGCCUCAGGGGCUCUGCAGUAGUACCUGAAAGGCGUGGCGUUACGUCGCGCGUCGCGUCGAGGCGUAAGGGUGGACGAGUCACAGUCUCUCGACGGAUACUGAGAGCUGCGCACCGCCACGACGUCGACCGGUCCUGUCCGCGGGACGCGCCCGGCUCCGCCCGAGCUGCUCUAGGCGCCCGGGACCGCCGUCACGCCGUCGACGCAUCGGCUGGCGUACCACGACCGCGCCGCACCGGCGCACGGCCCGCGACGGCGCCGUUCUCGAAGCUUCACCAGUAGCUCCGGAACCCGACGACGUCGCGCCCGAAAUGGCCUCAAAUUCGAAAAAGAAACCGCCCCCGGCCAUCAUUCCUGGAGACGACGCGCCUCGACCCCCCGAAACCUUCGCUACGCGACGGGAGGCCGAGAUACGACGGGGCCCUUCCGGUCGUCGGUAAGUUGGAUAUGAUCAUGCUCGACUACCCGGGACCGGACGCCGAGUCCAUCCAGGGCCAGUGGCGCGGCCUCGAGAAUAUGCGGAAAGAUGGUGGGGUGACCUCUCUCGCGGUGUCGAACUUCUCUCCCCAACAGUUAGACGUCGUGCUGAAGAGUCCUGGACGUUGUACGGUGAAUCAACUGCCGCUCGGCGUCGGCUACAAGACCAAGCAAAACGCGGAGUUGCUCCGCGAGAACAAGAAGCGUAGUGUCUUGGUGCAGGCCUGGUCGCCGCUAAGGGUGCUGUCGUCGGGCGCGCUCAGCGCUUGUGCGGCCGUGGGGAAGCAGUACGGCAAGACGCCCCAGCAAAUCGCCCUGAAGUGGAUUCUCGCCAAGGGCGCGACGUACACCUGCCAGACGACGUCCCGCCAACACUUCCAGGAGGACAUCGACGUCUUCGACUUUGAGCUGUCCGCGAAGGACCUCGCGUUUCUGGAUGGAGAGAACCUAGUUCUGUAA